AUAGAUUAGCAAAAAAGAAAAAUGAACGUUAACCACGGAGAUGAAACUGAAGUUGACAAUGAUGGGGAAGAUGAAAUUUAUCAUAAGCGACCUGAUAAAGACAAAGCACUAAAGAAAUACAAUGAUUAUAUGGAUGAAAUAAGGAAAACAGUGUCAUUAUUAGUGUCUAACACUGUGACAACUGCAUCGUUCUCUAGUACUACUUCAACAUCAUCAUCAUCUGAUAUGACUGCAACUGCAGUGACAUCUUUUACUACUACAAUUGCCUCACCAUCUGAUACUACUACAACUGCAUUGACAUCUGGUAGUACUACUACAAUUGCGCUGACAUCUGGUACUACUACAAUUGCAUCGUCAUCUGGUACUACUACAAUUGCAUCGUCAUCUGGUACUAGAAAAGUUGGUAGGAUUAUGUUUUAUAUUUUUAUUCUCAAAGAAAUAAAUACAUAAUUUUAAUUUUGUUUGUUUUUAUUUUUUUAGUAUUUGUUUAGACUAUUAUUUUAAUUUUUGGUUCACAAUAUAACAUGUCUGUUAUUGUCCCCAAUAUAUACCAUAUCAGUUAAAUCAGAAAAAUGUACUAUAGUAGAUAAUUAACUGUAAAAAAAACCACAUGUAAAUUUCUAAUAUUUUAAAGUUUAUAAUUUGUUGAUUUUUACCAGAUUUUAUUUCUUUUCAUUGUUUCGA